AUGGAGCCUUCCAAGCCCUUCAUGAGGCAGCCGCCGAUCACAUCAGGAUACAGCGGCUUCAUCCCGUACCUGAGCUGCGAGGGCACCUCCAGCGAGGACAACAUGACCCAGUGUCUGCAAACCUUCCAGGAGAAAACGCGACGCUACAAAGACCAGUUGGAGGAACUCCGCUGCUCCGUGGCCAGGACCCCCAGACUGAAGCCCGUCUGCUCUGAGGAGACGGUCCUGCGGGUGCUGUACCAGUACAACCGGCAGCAUCACCCCUUGAGUCUGGAGUGCAAAAACUUAAAGAAACCUCUCCAGGAGCCCCCCAUCCCUGGCUGGGCGGGCUACCUGCCGCGAGCCAGGGUCACUGAGUUAGGCUGCGCCACGCGGUACGCCGUCAUGGCCCGAAACUGCUACAGGGACUUCCUGGACAUCGUGGAGCAAGCCAAGAGAGCGCCCCUGAAACCAUACGAGGAAAUAUAUGGAGUUAGGUCCACACAACCUCCUGCUCCUUCUCCUAAAGUGUUGCAGUGUGAAGGGUUGCUGCCGAAGUAUCCGGACUUUUCUCUUCCCGUUGGAAGCUGUCCCACCCUUAGAAAACCCCUGAGAGAGGACCCCAGACCUCCGACGACGUGUGGCUGUGCUCAGAGACAAACUACGUCCUGCAACGGGAAGGUUUAUCUGGAGCCCCUGUCCUUGGCCAAGGAUGCAGAAGGCUAA